CCUCAGGGCUCCAGUCAGGCCGAUCCGCUCAGCUCACGAAAGGAAAACUGAGACGUAACUUGCUAUCCUGUCUGGAGUCACAUGUACUUAGGUGACAAUUUACAGAAAGUCAACUCUGCAACUUGAUGGGCGACAACCCUUUCCAACCAAAAAAUAAUUCAAAAAUGGCAGAACUCUUUAUGGAAUGUGAAGAAGAAGAGCUGGAACCAUGGCAGAAAAAAGUAAAGGAGGUUGAGGAGGAUGAUGAUGAUGAGCCAAUCUUUGUUGGAGAAAUAUCAAGUUCAAAACCAGCAAUAUCAAAUAUUUUGAACAGAGUUAAUCCCAGCUCGUAUUCAAGGGGAAUAAAGAAUGGCGCCCUCAGUCGAGGUAUUACUGCUGCAUUCAAGCCUACAAGUCAGCACUACACGAACCCAACUUCAAAUCCAGUUGCUGCCUCACCAGUAAAUUUUCAUCCUGAAUCUAGAUCUUCAGAUAGUUCUGUUAUUGUUCAGCCUUUUUCUAAACCUGGUUAUAUAACGAACUCAUCACGAGUAGUUUCUAAUAAUACUUCGGAGUUAUUGUUUGAUUUGACCCAGGAUACAGGAUUAUCACAUUACCAAGUGGGACCAACACUCACUAUAGCAGGAAUGAAGGAAGGUUCAUUUUUAUCAAAACGUCCUUCUACUCUUGAAGUGAGCAGUGUUAAUCCAAAAAAGCCUAAGCCCAGUGAAAGUGUUUCUGGAGCAAAUUCUUCAGCUGUUUUCCCUCCAGUUAAAUCUCCUUCGAUGACAUCUCCUCAGGCUAUGCCAUCAAAAGGUGCAGAUACCUCAUUGAAUCAAUCUAAAAGUGGAACACCUUUUCCAAGAGCUUGUCCAAAGUGCAAUAUUCAUUUUAAUCUUUUGGAUCCUCUGAAAAAUCACAUGAAGUACUGUUGUCCAGACAUGAUAAAUAACUUUUUGGGACUGGCUAAAACAGAAUUUUCAAGUACAGCAAAUAAAAAUAUGACUAUUGAUUCAGAGAAAGGAAAAUUGAUCAUGUUAGUUAAUGACUUUUACUACGGAAAACAUGAGGGAGAUGUCCAGGAAGAACAGAAGACUCACACAACCUUUAAAUGCUUCAGUUGCUUGAAAAUUCUGAAAAAUAAUAUUAGGUUUAUGAACCACAUGAAACAUCAUUUGGAACUUGAGAAGCAGAGCAGUGAGAGCUGGGAAAACCACACCACCUGCCAGCACUGCUACCGUCAGUUUCCCACACCAUUUCAGCUGCAGUGUCACAUUGAAAGUACACACACUCCCCAUGAAUUUUCUACCAUUUGUAAAAUCUGUGAAUUAUCAUUUGAAACAGAACACGUUCUUUUACAACAUAUGAAGGACAAUCAUAAACCCGGUGAAAUGCCAUAUAUCUGCCAGGUUUGCAAUUAUAGAUCAUCAUCAUUUUCUGAUGUAGAAACUCAUUUUAGGACAUCCCAUGAAAACACUAAGAACUUGCUAUGUCCGUUUUGCCUCAAAGUUAUUAAAAUUGCAACACCCUAUAUGCAUCAUUAUAUGAAGCAUCAGAAAAAAGGAAUACAUCGUUGUACAAAGUGCAGACUUCAAUUUUUGACAUGCAAGGAGAAAAUGGAUCACAAGAGUCAGCAUCAUCGAACAUUUAUAAAACCUAAACAACUAGAAGGAUUGCCUCCUGGAACAAAAGUUACUAUUCGAGCUCCAGUUGGACCUGUUCAAUCAGGAUCUUCAAAUACACCUUCCAUUAGUGCAAGCACUUCUACCCUUCAGCUCUCACCUCCAAGGACUAAAAAUAUAACUGCUAAAAAUCCCACAAAGUCUAAUACAAGUAAACCUAAUACAACCAAAUCCAAUGCAAGUAAACCUAAUGCAAGUAAGCCUAAUGGAAAUAAGUCUAAAUAUAAAUCAAAAAUCUCUCAUAUGCAAAAGAAACAAAGCACAUUGGCUAGUAGCAAUAAAAAAAGUAAAGUCAAUACAGCAUUGAGGAAUUUAAGGUAUCGUCACGCCGUUCACAAGUGCAUUGAGUGUUGUUCUGAAAUAAAAGAUUUUGCAAACCACUUUCCUGCAUAUGUCCACUGUAGUUUUUGCAGAUACAACACUAGCUGUAGCAAAGCCUAUGUAAAUCAUAUGAUGAGCUUUCACAGUAACCAUACAAGUAAAAGGUUUUGUAUUUUUAAGAAGCAUGCAGAAGAUCUCAGGGGCAUUACUCUAGUGUGCCUUAAUUGUGAUUUCCUAACUGAUGUAUCUGGCUUAGAUAAUAUGGCUACACACUUAAGUCAACAUGAAACUCACACUUGCCAAGUUGUAAUAGAGAAAGUUUCUGUCCCAACUUCUGAACAUCUUUCUGAAUUAAAAAAUGAAGCUCCUACUAAGGAACAAGACCCUGUAUCUAAGGAAAUUGCAAGACCUAAUAUGGCUGAAGGAGAAACAGAAACAUCAAAUUCUGAAAGUAAACAAGAUAAAGCUUCUUUGGAAGAGAAAAACGAAUGUGAUGCUAAUUCCUCUGAAGGCUCAUCGGCAACAAAAGGUGAAGAAAGUAUAACAGCUUCAGAUAAGGAAAGUGAUACCUGUCUUGCAGACCAGGAAACUGGCUCAAAGAAAAUCUUCAGUUAUGAUUCAAAUAUUUGUGCAGGUAAAGUGGAAAAGGAAGAAGAAAUACAGCACGUUCGUCAGGAAAUGGAGUUGAAGGUGUGCCAAAGUUCAGAAAACAUAAUUUCAUGUGAUCAGAUUAAAGAUCACAACUCCGGUGAAGCUAGGUUUCCUUCGAAGAAUAUUAAAGAUUUGGGGUUAACAUCAGAUGAUGAUAGCAUUGAUCAGUUUUUGAGAAAAAGAGAUGAACCUGAAUCUGUUAGUUCUGAUGUUAGUGAGCAAGGCAGUAUUCAUUUGGAACCAUUGACUCCCUCAGAGGUACUUGAGUAUGAAGCCACAGAGAUUCUUCAGAAAGGUAGUGGUGAUCCUUCAGCCAAAACUGAUGAAGUAGUAUCUGAUCAAACAGAUGACAUUCCCAGAGAAAAUAGCCCUAGCACAACAGAGACAACAGUAGAGACCUGGCAAAUGAAAAAGAGAGAAGUUGAAAUUGAUUAG